UUUUCCGGCGGCCUUUAGCACAACAGUUUACCGAAGGAAUUUGGCCUUCGGUACUUCACAUGGGACAUUACCGAAGGAAUUUGACUUUCGGUAAGUGGUUGGUGUAUUACAAAGUAGGACGAUCUGUGCAUGUUGAUGAAGUUUUCCACCAAACUCAUAUUCUCAAGGGAACUACUGACCAGCUCGUGGAUGAAAGGUCCCGAAAGACACAUGAAGAAUUCUCCACAAAACUUUCACGAGUAAGAUCCUCACAUUCUUCAUGUCCUCAGUCAACCCAACCAACAGAUGAUGACGAAGACCUUAUUAGGUCACAAUGUUGGAUUGAUGUUGUUGGUGGAAAGAAAAAAGGAAGAAUCUAUGGGGCAGGGCAAUUGGUUGCAAAUUACAGUGCAGGUCGUGGUGGUCUAAAGCACCAACCUUCUUCUUCCUCCCAGCGUCCUGAUGAGACCGUUCAUGCCCUGACGUAGCGGCUUCAAACAUGUGACCGAGAAUAUAAUGAACUCAGACAAGAGUUUACCAAUUUUAAAGAACUGGUCAUGAGAUUGCUUCCCCAGUCUACAAUGCCUCUGGCCUCUCAUUCGCAGCCCACACCAAUCCAGCCUACUGAAGUUCAACCCAUACAUGUCCAGCCUAUACCAGUCUAGCCUACUGAAGUUCCACCCACACAUGUCCAGCCCAUACCAGUCCAGACCCCAUCAGUCCAGACCCCAUCAGUCCAG